AUGACAGAACUCCGUUGUAGGAAGCCACGACCUUAUUCGCGUGAAAGUCCAGUGGAAAUUCCCAAGGAGUACUGUGAGACGUACGUCGUCCGUAAACCGAUGGGGGCACGGAUACAUAAAAGUGAUUGUCGAGUAAGUGCUAUUGCAAAUAUAAAGAAAUGGAAGCUAGGCUCCGAUUACGUAGCAAUGGGGAUAAAAUUCCAAAAGAGUACGACCUAUGUUGCGAACUGA